AUGCACGUUAUUUCGGGAGCGCAGGCUGACCCUCAGCAGCAGCAGCAGCAGCAGCAGCUGAAGGCAGACACGCGGGAGCCUACGGCGGGCCCGCUGCAGGAGCCUCAUGCGGCUGCCAGGCCUCAGGCGCAGCAGCUGCAGCAGCAGCUGCUGCAGCAGCUCCUGCUGCAGCUGACUGGGGACCAGCAGCAGCAGCAGACGCCGACAGAUCACCACGGCAUGCUUCAGAAUGCGGGCGCCGCCCAACAACACCUGCAGCAGCAAAUGCAGCAGCAGCUCCAGCAGCAACUGCAGCAGCUGCAGCAGCAGCGCCAGCAAACGCCACUGCAGCAGCCGCAGCAGCUGCAGACUCCACAGCAAAAGCCAAGCUUAUCUGGGGAAACCCUCCUGCAGAUUCACCGGCUGCUUGGGGCCUCCUCGCCGCAGGCUGCUGCUGCUCCCGGCGCUGCGCAGCAGCAAGUUCUGCCGCAGCAGCUACAGCAGCAGCGGCACACGCAGCAGCAGCGACAGCUAGCAGCAGAAGAAGACCCGGCUCUGCAGCUCUUUCUAGAUGCUGCAGCAGCAGGCUGCAGCAACCAGCCCCCAGGUGGGGCCCCCAGGGUGCUGCAGCAUCAAGAGCCCAUGGCGCUGCUGCGGCAACGUUUGCAGCAGCUGGAGCGAAUGAAACAAACGAAUGAGCGGCAGCAGCAGCAGCAGUUGCUGCUUCAGCAACAGCAGCACCAUCAGCAGCAGCAGCAGCUCCACCAGCAGCAACGCCCCCUUCUACAGCGUGAGGGCGAAGCUGUGCAGCACCUUUUGGACUGCAUCCAGGUGCUGCGGCAUCAGCAGCAAAUGUUGCUGCCGCUUCGGACGGCAGAAACGCCUGCUGCUGCUGCUGCUGCUGCGCCUCCCGCAGCAACAAACGGAGAAAAGGCUCCGCACUCUCUGCAGCAGCGUCUCGUCAACUUCUUGUCGCAGCAGCAGCGGCAGCAAGGACGGCUGCUGCAAAUACUGUCGCAGCAGCGCCAACAGGAAGGCGGCGCUGCUGAUGUUCCACAGCAACAACAGCAGCAGCAGCAGCAACAGCAGCAGCAGCAGCAACAGCAGCAGCAGCAACAGCAGCAGCAGGGAGAUUCCUUGCGGCAGCAGAGGGCAAAGCUGCUCAGUCGCAUCGUGAAGUUGCUGCAGCAGCAGCAGCAGCCGUGCACCUUGGUGGACAACGACGACAGCCGCCGCCGUCAGCAGCAGCAGCAGCAGCAGCACCUGCCUGGGGAUGCUGCUGCUGCUGCUGCUGCUGCUGGGCCUCAGCGGGGCCUGUCGGGGCCCCGGCGAGUCGAUGUGGGGGCCGCGGGACAGGACCAAGGGGGUCUUGAGGAGUCGUCUCCCCUAGAAGGGGAGGACACGGUGGCAGCAGCAGCAGCAGCAGCUUCUGCUGCUGCUGCCGCUCUGCAGGCCGAUGAGCAGCAGGACGUGGCUGCUGCUGCACUGACACGCGAUGCGCUGGCGCGCCUGAAGCCGCUGCUGCAGGCCGCGUUUAAGCUGCCGCACUUCCCCGUGAAGUACGCAGCAGCAGCAGCAGCAGCAAGUGGCGGAGAGGAUAAGGGCGGAGACGCAGCAAUGAGCCCCCUGGGCUCUUCUCUUGCUGCUUGUCUCUUGGCUGCGGGAGAGGAGACGGGCAGCAGCAGCAGCAGCAGCGUGGGCCUGGGGGUCAAUGAGUGGCAAAGAGACAAUUCUUUUCUCUUUUGUGAACUUUCUAGACUCAUUCGAUCUGCUGCUGCGCUGCCCUCGGAGCCGCUGCUGGAGUCUCUCCUUAGAGUAGACUCCCAGCAGCAGCAGCAGCAGCAGCAACAGCAACAGCGGCAACCGCAGAGCGUCAAGCAAUGCGGGGAGCCCCGUGCUGCUGCUGCUGAAGCUGCGCAUUCAGCUGCUGCUGCUGCUGCUGACGCGGCGCAGCAAGAACAAGCAGAAGAGGCAGCUGCUGCUGGCAGCAAAAGCGUCGCCAGAACUCCUGGCUGCAGCGCUGAAGUUGCGCAGCAAGGAGCUGCAGAGCCUGCAACUGCAGCAGCAGCUGCUGCAGACGAAACUGCAACAGCAGCAGCAGCAUCUGGUGCUGAGCCUCCCUCAGCAGCCACUACUGCUACCGAAACUGCUGCUGCCGAAACUGCUGCUGCUGAAACUGCUGCCUCAGCUGGCUCUGAUCCUGCUGCAGCAGCAACUGCUGCUGCUGGAGAUGCUGCGGCAGCUGGCGCUGAACUUGCAACAGCUGCUGCUGAAACUGCUGCGGCAGCUGGCGCUGAACCUGCAGCAGCAGCUGCCGCAGGUGAAACUGCUGAAGCUGCUGGCGCAGAAUUUGCCGCAGAGUCCGCCGCAGCAGCUGCAGCAGCAACAGCUGGAACUGCUGCAGCAGCUGGAACUGAGCCCGUCGCAGCAGCAGCAGCUGCUGGUGCCCCAGAGGAUGCUGGCGCUUCGGUUGCAGCUGCAGUGGAUUGCGCUGUGUCUUUUGAAGCAGCUGCUGCUGCUGCUGCAGUUCCUGUCCCGCGAGAUAUGGAGGGCCCUCUAGGCCACAAAGACAAAACUGGCAGCGACAGCAGGGAGGCCAUUGAGGCUGCAGGCCCCUCGACAGAGGACACGUCGCCGAAGCAGCAAGAAGUGCAGCAGCAGCAGCAGCACGAGGUGCAGCAGCAGCAGCAGGAGCACGAAGUGCAGCAGCAGCAGCAGCACGAGGUGCAGCAGCAGCAGCAGCACGAGGUGCAGCAGCAGCAGCACGAGGUGCAGCAGCAGCAGCCGCACGAGGUGCAGCAGCAGCAACAGCAGGACGAGGUGCAGCAGCAGCAGCGGCAGCAAGAUGACCUGCGGCCGCGGCACAAGCAGCCGUUGUGUCCAUCGGCCUUGGACACAGCAGCUGCUGCAGCAAGCGAGGGGUUGGCAGCAGUGGCGGCAGACGCAGCAAGAGGGAAGGAAGCAGCAGCAGCCAAUGGAACAGCAGCAGCAGCAGCAGAGUUUGCAGCAGAACUGAGGAAAGAACUGCUUGAAAAGGAGGCCCUCACGGAGGAGACCACAGGAGGACUUAACAUUCGCCGUCUCCCUAUGGAGUUUUCCCUCAGCCUGUCUGCCGUUUGUACUAAGGCGCUGCAACAAUGCGAGGCUGCGCAGCUGCUGCUGCCGCCGCCCGUGCAGUGCUGUUGGGAUCGGAUCCAUUCCGUGUGCCAGCCACACUGGCAGCAGCAAGUAGAGUGUGAGGCUGCAGCAGCAGCCGCUGCAGCUGCAGCAGGCGCAGCUGCUGCGCCGUCAGCAGCAGAAGCUGCUUCCGGCUCAGCAGCCGGCGCAGCAGCAGCAGCAGCGGCAGCAGCAGCGCCCGGGGACUCGACAGAGAAGAAGCCUUUUUGCAUCAUCUGCCGGCUGCUGCAGCAGCAGGCUUCAGGCGCCCCGAAGCAGCUCUAUUAA